GCGCGCCUCACGUCCGUGUCGCCUCUCCUCACAGAUCUUGAGCACCUCGAGGGCAGGGUCCGAGUAUGAGGGGUCUCUAGCUCAGAGGGCAGCUUGUCCAGGCGGGCCGUGGGCGAUCUUCCGUUACUUCUGAACUCGGUCCAGGCGCGGAGGGGUUAAUGACCCGGCCCGGGAGUGUGCCCACAGGCCUGGGGGAAGCCGCCCAGAGCCCGCGACUUCCAUCACCGCAUAUUGCCGCGGACAGCAAUGGGAGCCCCGACGUAGACGCUCUUAGUACAAUCCGGGGAUUCCCCGCCGCUGCCGCCCCCUGACGUCACGGAGUCCCCCGAGGCCCCGCCCCGGUUUCGCCUCCUUCCGCGGGAGGUGCGCGCGGUGCAGGCGCGGGAGCUGCCAUGGAGUGGCCCGGCGCCCCCGGUGUCCCCUGGAAACGCCACAUAGUGCGGCAGCUUCGGCAGCGGGACCGCACGCAAAAGGCACUCUUCCUGGAACUGGUGCCUGCCUAUAACCGUCUCCUAGAGAAGGCUGAAUUGUUGGCCCGGAUCUCAGAGAAGCUGCAGCCAGAGCCAAAUGAUGCCACUCCUGCUACCCACCAGGGCCCCUGGGAGGAGGAAUCGGAGCCCGGUUCAGACCAAGUCCCUUCACCAACCACUCUGAGGAUGAAGUGGCAAGAGGAGGAGGAGGGGCUCCGGCUGGUCUGUGGUGAGAUGGCCUACCAGGUGGUGGAGAAGAGGGCAGCCCUGGGCGCCCUGGAGUCGACGCUGGAGGAGCGGCAGAGCAGGCUGGCGGCUCUGGAGGCCCGCGUGGCGCAGCUGCAGGAGGCGCGGGCGCAGCAGACCCGGCACCUGGACGCGCAGCGGGCGCUGAACGUAGCGCAGCGGGCGGCUUACGAGGGGCUCCGCGCGCAAGCCGGGCUCCAGGAGGCGGCCCUGCGUAGGCACGAGGAGGAGGCACGUGACCUGCUGGAGUGGUUCGUGCAGCGCAAGGCGCGCGCUGCCGCCGAGCGCAACCUGCGCAAUGAGCGCCAUGAGAGGGCCAAGCAGGCGCGGAUGUCCCUGGAGCUAAAGAAGGCUGCCAAGCGGACAGUGAGCAUCAGCGAGAGUCCAAACACUGUAGGUGAUGGGAUCAGAGAGAUGGCUGAGACUGUGACCCUGACUGCUGAGCCCCUAUCCCUGGAGACUGAGGCUGGUGAGAAGUGGAAGAGGCCCUUCAGGUCUGCCUCUGCCACCUCCUUGACGCUCUCCCGCUGUGUGGAUGUGGUGAAGGGGCUUCUGGAUUUCAAGAAGAGGAGAGGCCACUCUGUUGGAGGAGCUCCUGAACAGCGAUACCAGAGCAUCCCUGUAUGCGUGGCCGUCCAGCCUCCUACCCAGGUUCAGGAUGUGUUGAAUGCCCACCUCUCCGAGGUCAAUGCUGUUUGUUUUGGCCCCAAUAGCAGCCUCCUGGCCACUGGAGGGGCUGACCGCUUCAUCCAUCUCUGGAACGUUGUGGGAGGUCGUCUGGAGGCCAACCAGACCCUUGAAGGAGCUGGUGGCAGCAUCACCAGCGUGGACUUUGACCCUUCGGGCUCCCAGAUAUUGGCAGCUACUUACAAUCAGGCUGCCCAGCUCUGGAAGGUCGGGGAGGCACAGUCCAAGGAGACACUGUCUGGACACACAGACAAGGUGACGGCUGCCAAAUUCAAGCUAACAAGGCACCAGGCGGUGACUGGGAGCCGAGACCGGACAGUGAAGGAGUGGGACCUCGGCCGCGCCUACUGCUCCAGGACCAUCAAUGUCCUUUCGUACUGUAAUGAUGUGGUGUGUGGGGACCAUGUAAUCAUUAGUGGCCACAAUGACCAGAAGAUCCGGUUCUGGGACAGCAGGGGCCCCUGCUGCACCCAGGUCAUUCCUGUGCAGGGUCGGGUCACCUCCCUGAACCUCAGCCAUGACCAGUUGCAUCUGCUUAGCUGUUCCCGAGAUAACACACUUAAGGUCAUUGACCUUCGUGUCAGCAAUAUCCGCCAAGUAUUCAGGGCUGAUGGCUUCAAGUGCGGUUCUGACUGGACCAAAGCCGUGUUCAGUCCAGAUAGAAGCUACGCACUGGCAGGUUCCUGGGAUGGAGCCCUUUAUGUCUGGGAUGUGGACACUGGGAAGCUGGAGGGCAGUCUACGGGGACCCCACUGCAUUCAGGUAGCAGAGAGAUCUUUGGGCUGGUGGCUCCAGGACACCUGUGCUUGGCUCCCUUUCCUCCUCCUGCACAGAGCUGGGGCAGAGCCAGUCUGGCCUCAGUGCUGUUCAUGUCUGAGGAGAAGGCAUGAAGAAAGGCUCAGAGGCGACAAAGGGCAGUGGCUCUUGGAGCCAUGGAAAUUUCACCCUUGGUCCAGGCUGGUCCAGAGGCCAAGCCAAUACCUUGGGUCCUCCUGCUUCAGGAGGGUAGACUGAGCUGUGGAGGGGCCAUGGGAGUUUGGGGAAGGGAGCAGGGGAAGCAGCCCAGAGGGGCUCUGGUGGAAAGGGUUCUAAUAAACCAGAGAGUGAGGUCAGGUACUUAGUACACCAGGCCUGCCUUUAGAUGGGGGCGUGUUCUUGCUCCAGAGGCAGAACCCUGAGUGAACGGGGAAUAGCGUGGGUAUGUCUGUGUCUUGGGGAGGGCCCCCAUGGGCUGGGCCUGGGUUGGGGCUUGUCGGCAUGACAAGCCUCUGUGGUACUUGGCAGACCUGACAGGGCAGAACCUGCGCACCCCAGUUCCUUUGUCAACUUCAGGUAUGGAGGAGUCAUCAGCAGGACAGCAAUUGCCAGUCACAAGGCAGUCACAGGAAGAGACCUCCGUCCCUGAGUGAUUGGAGCCUUACUUUUGGGAUUCUGCCCAUCUGAGAUUCAAAGGCUUCAAUCCAGAAUUAUCGGUUUUCUCCUUUAUCACCGUAGAAAGUCUCCCUUGGGGGGACUUUGCCAUUUCCAGAAUUUGGAAACCAUUCCCAGGAUGAACAGCAGAUUGUUGAGAGCCUGAACUCCACAGCCAGGCUGUCUGCGUUUGAAUCUCAGCCCACUAUUUAGUAGAGUGGUUUUGAGCAGGUUCCUUAAUAACUUUGUGCCUUAGUUUCCUCCUCUGUGAAAUGGUACGCACCUCAGAGGUUGUUAGAAAGACUCAAUGUGUUGGUUAUCUGUGAAGCUCCUGGCACGUGCCAAAGGCUGAGUGUUGAUUGAAUACCCAGUCUACACUCUGCUGACUCUCAGCUCACUCACUGCUCUUGGCCCAGCUGUCCCCUGAGCUCUGGGUGACAUACCCACCUGCCUCCUGGACAUCUCUCCCCCUGACAUAAGCGUCUCUUCCCCUCACAUCCCACAUCCUCUGGCACCAAGGCCUGGAGCCUCUAACCUGGCUGCAAUGCAGGCCACCUUCUCCUAGGCUUGUCUCUCCUCCCAGAACCCUCUUUGCCAAGGCCGGAGUUACUUUCUAAGAUGGCAUGGUCACAGGUACAACCCUCUAAAGUUCCCAGGCUGCCUUCAGAGAAGCUUGACAUUAAAUUCAAAGACCUUAGGAGCCAGCCCGUCGACCUCAGCUGCAUCUUCAUUUCCUUGCUACUCUGUUUUACACAUGGACUUUCCCUCUGCCCAGAAUGUUCUUCCCUCCCACCCCAGUUCAAUUUGUCUUUCGGAUCUUCUGAGAGCCUUUGCUCAUUUACCAGGCUGGCCAGGGGACGCCUCCAUUCUUGUGUUCAUUGGUGUCUCCUUCCCUCGGGAGCUCUUGGAAGACGCCAGGAUGGGAACAGAGUAUUCCUUGGGAUUAGACCUGGCACAGAGAGGGUCUGAGAAGUGUCUAUUAAAUGGCUAAACUCUCUUACUCAAGGACUCAGUAAAUUUAACAGUUGAUGCUGGGAGUGUAGUAUUAUUCCAGCCUGACUCCUGAAGGCCUCAUCCUGUCCCAGCCCUCUUGUCCUGGCUUCUAGUGGCCACCAGGAGUCACCAGCUGCUUACUGUCUGCCGGGCCAUUCUCCAGUCUCCUGGGAUUCGUGGCUGGAAAGACCAGUGCCUCCAGUAACCACCAUUACUUACGUGCUCAUGUGUCAGGCACAGUGCUCUGCACUUUUCAUGCAGUAGUUUAUUCCUCCCAACCUCCUGGUGGGGUAUCUCUCAUAGGUGAUAAAAUUGACACUCCGGUAUUAUGUGAGGUCAUACAGCUGGCACAGCUGUAUGUGACAUAUGUACAUGUAUGUUUUAACAAAAUAACAUUUUGAGAAUCUGGGCUUCCAUUUACGCAAGAUCAGGGCAUCUUCCCCCUGCUCCCCAGUGCCCGAGGGGUAUGUGCUCUGCCCCCACCAUUGGUGGGGGAUUCUAGCUUUGUGUAUCCUAAAUCCCUCCCUGCAUCCUCUCUUCUGUUUUCCAUCUGGGCCCUGGCCACCUACGCCUGAGUCUGGAGGGUCAGUGUCCCUUGAAGUGAGGGACAUGCAGCCCCCAAAAGUGAAGUGAACUUGAAUCCUGGGAGGCCAUUACUGGCUACACCAUUUGGGGGCUGGUACCUCACAGGACUGCAGUGAAGGCUACUUAGAUAAUCCAGAAAAGGUGCUCAGAGAUGACAACUCCACUCUAGGGCCAGCAACCCCUUUGCUCCCUGUAAACCUUUCCUUCUUUGUGGGGCCACUCUGAUAGCACCCUUGGAGUGCUCACCCCAGGGAGCACAUGUAUACCUCAGCUUACUUGGAAUGCUUCUGGAGGAGCCAGUCUGGAAGGCCAGCCACAGGC